AUGAGACCUCCGCCAAAGCGGGCCGGAGGCCGCCAGUCAAGAGGGCCGGCGCUCACUUCUGUACUCCCUGUGCCCGAUGGAUCUCGGCGUGCAGCACCCAGUACCGGCAUGCCACCAGACGAGAGGCUGGACUCUCCGCCUGGUUCGGCGAAUGGACCGGGUCACGGCAAGGUUGAGACAAGUGCUGGUGCCGCCGUCGAGGGCGAACCUAGACCCGAGAGUGAUCGCCACCGGCUCAGCUCUCAAGCAGCUGUAUCACCAGCAGCGCCGGAGGCUUCGGCAGCCGAUGAGCUGCAGCGACAAGCUCGCCACUUCUCCAGCGAGGGCUGCGUGUUUCGAGUCGGGGACACGGUCCUGGCCAGAACCGCGGGCAGGCCUGCCAGGGAGGCCACUGUCGUCGAGGCGGACCCCUCCGACGGUUCGCGCUUCAAGGUCGCUUUCAAGGACAAGCGCAAGAAGGGCGGCUGGCGGGACAAGAACGAGCUGUCUUCUCUCCCUCGGCCCGCCGACGCUGGGUCUGCUGCAACCGCGAUGGUGCCACUGCCGUCGAGUUCCGCCGCUGCUGCUGGUGAAGCAAGGCCGGCGCCGCCGCAGCAGCGAAGAGAUGACAGAAACGCAGAGGUCGAUGCUGCUGCUGCUGCUGCAACUGCACCGGAACCUUCACUGGCCGCCGACAGCGAGAGGACAUCUGGCAAGCAGCAGCCGCCCUGUUCAGAAGUUGUAGCAGCUGAAUCACCGGGGGCACUGGCGGCUGCGGUAAGUGACGAGGCACAGCGACAGGGCCACCUCCCAAGCGGGGGCUGCUUGUUCCAAGUCGGGGAUGCGGUGCUGGUGAACACCGCCGGCAAGGCGGCGGCGUCUUCUUCGGAGGCCACCGUUGUCGAAGUGGAUCCCCCCGGCGGCUCGCGGUUCAAGGUUGCUUUCAAAGACAAGCGCAAGAAGGGGGGCUGGCGGGACAAGAGCGAGCUGUCCGCUGUUCGGCACACCGGCGCCGGAUCUACCGCCGCGGGACAGCCUCCUUCAGAGCCUGCUUCCGGCGCUGCUUGUGGCACGGGCGGCGGCGGUGGUGGUACCGUUGGUGCUGAACCUGGUGCUGGGCUACCACGGCCAGGAGCCAGCGACACCAGGUCCUCGCCGGCAUGUUCUUCGACAGCGGUCGAGGCCGAGCCGAUGCCGCAAAGCGACCGACAGCCCAGCCCAACAGCGGUAGUCGGCACUCAUGAGUCUUCGGAGCCAGCUGCGCCGGUACCGGCACCGGCGUCGCCCUCAGGUCCCUUGUUUGGAGUCGGGGAGGCGGUGCUGGUGAGCACGGCCGGCAAGACGGCGGCGACAGCUUCGUUUGAGGCCACGGUUGUCGAGGUGGACCCCUCCGACUCCUCGCGGUUCAGGGUCGCCUUCAAGAACAAGCGCAAGCAAGGUGGCUGGCGGCACAGGAGCGAGCUGUCCGCUCUUAUGCGCCGCACCGGCGCUAGAUCUACCGCAACGCGACCAGCUUCUGGGUCGGUCGGCAACGCCGGUCCUACCAGUGGCUCUUCUGCAAGUCACGAGAAGAGUAGAGCCGGGAUGUUGGGGCAAGGAGGCCGUGCAUCCGAGGCCCCGGCACUGGGCGCUGCUUCCGAGGCGAGAGCGCGGGCAAAGGGCCCGCCGGGCCAAGGCUUGCAGCGGUCGGCGUCACAGGGGGAGAGGCCCGUCGACAAGGUCGGGAAUAGGAAAACAGCGGCGCCGGCGAUGGAUACUACCGCCGUGCGGGAGAGCGGGGGCAUUUCGGGACCGCCGAAGAGAAAGCGAUCCGCGGCUACUGCGGCGGCGGCUGCCAUCACGGCAACUGCUGGCAACCGCGGUAGAGGAGGCAGCAGAAGCAGCGGCGGCGGUGGCGUCCAAGCUAUCAAAAAGAAGCCUGUGAAGAAGGGGGGCCAGGCCAAACGGGGGUCCGUUGCUGCUGCUGGUGGUACUGCCGCUGGGAUCACGAAAAAGACGCCCCGCAAGAAGGGCUGGCAACGGCCGACGGUGGUGACUCCUGGGUCUGUGGAGGGACGCCCGGAGUCUGCACUCAGGACUACCCACCCGACAGAGAUCAUCCGGCCGAGAAAGCAGUUCAAGGUCCAACAGGCCCGAGUAACGCCCAAGGCCAGGGCCGGCUCGAGCAACCCCUCGUCUCGCGGAGCGGCGGCACCCCGUUCUUCCUUCUCGGCCGGCCGCGGCGGCAGCGCCAGCGCUCCCCGCCGCAUGCUCUGCCAGCCGUCCCACUCCGUUCGAGACGCCAAGCGUGGAGGUUUUGAAGGUGGUGAUGGCGGCGACCGCAGCAGCGGGGUGGGAGGAGGAGCAGGGGCUGACGACGAGUCGGACGUGGUCCGACGUGGGCGACGCGCGCGGAGGCAGGUGCACCCGAGCCUGUCGGAGGACACGAUGGCGGCCGCCAAUGGCGGCAUCGAGAGCGACUACCGCAGCGAUGAAGACGGGGAGGGCGCUGGUGCUGGCGGAGGCUACGGAGACGCCCCUUUUCGCUUCCGCACGAGCGAGGUUGCGCCGUGGGGGGAGGGAGAUAGGCCGCUAAUCAAGGUGCGACUGAGCCUGCUGGAAGGGGACGCCCCGCUGUCGGCCGAACGCAGCGCUCUCGCCGUCGUGACGUUUGUAUUCGACCGCCACCGCUACUCCGCCGAGCAGCUGGCUAACGUCCUGACGGCCGAGGGCUUCCUGUGCUACCGUGACGAGGACAAGAGGGUGUUCGUGCUCACGGAGAGCAAGGAAGCCGACCAGAAGGAGGCCCUGAGGCGCGUGCGUGAGCUGGCACUUUCGCGGUGCGGGGUGGAGGUCAAGGCGACCCCGUGGCUCGAGGGCCGGCCCGCCCUGGACGAGUUCCUGGACAACCACCGCGGUGUCCUCGACCUCAUCAUACGCCACCGCUUGGCGUGCGGGAUGUGGUCUGAGGUUGGUGGGGUCUACUUCAACGCGCUGUUCUGCGGGCGGCGGUCGAAGCGCACCUUCAAUGGCGUCCGCCUGCAGAUCAACCUGGCCGUGUCGCACAACCGUGCCCUGGAGACCGGGGUCUGGGAGCUGUGGAUGACGGUGGAACCCGUGGUGCACCGCUUCUCGCCCGUGGAUUGGUGGGCUCUGAUGCAAGAGAAGGAAGACAAAGGGCUAGCAGAUUUUUCCGGGUCUAAGUCGGACGAUCUCGAGGAGCGGUUGCAGGUUGUCUGCCUGCCAAAGCUGACCCGUGGGGUGGUGGACGACGUCAAGGAGGACGCGUUCGAGAUGGACCUUCUACAGGAGGCCAACCUCAAGAGGGGCUACUACGUCGGCCCUCGCUCGGAGGACGAAAUGGUGGAGUACUGGCGUCAGGUCCACCAUCUCGCUCUCCCGUCUUCGAGCUUCGCGUUCGUCAAAGUCCGGAUCGGGGGCAUGGUGUUGACCUACCCGAGCUGGUGCGUUAUUCGAGGGCAGAGGGAGAUCCCGGAGGCGACGAAGGCCAUGCGCGGACGCAUUCUGGACUCGUUUACGGACGCCCUUGACGGCAUGCAGGGCGUGCACGUGAUGCAGACGACCUUCACUUGGCAGGUGCAGGGCGAAGGAGGGGGUCGGACGUUCGGCGACGCCCCGGCCUUCGCCACCGCGAACGGCACGGCGGUGGCCGUCCAGAAGACCGGCGCCGCGGCCCCCGCCGUUACUCCCGGUCCCGCGUCGGGCGACGGGGACGGCCCAGCAGCAGCAGCAGCACGCGGCUACAGCGACGACGGCUCCGUGGGAGGCGGCUCCGGAAAGGCGACGCAGGCGGCGGCUGGGCUUCGCACGCCCGGACCCUCGGCAGCAGGGGUGGGCGGCGGGGCGGCGGACAGCAGUGGUCUUGACGACGAUCAGAGGCGGGGAUCCGCGCCGGUGGUGGUUACCCCGCCCGCGGAUCCCAACGCGUCGACCCCGCCCCCUCCCUUGCUGGUGUGCCGCCUGGGGGAACAACAGCAGCAGAGCCCGGAGAGCAGGGCCGCGGCGGCGGCGGCGCAGGCCUCGGUCGCCGCUGUGCGGAAGAGCGUGGUUCGGCGAAGAGGAGCGGUCGUGCCGAAGAGAGUCCCUUCGCUGCCAACGGCGACGGCGGCGGCGGCGGCGGCUGGUGCUGCCGGUGGAGCUGGUGCUGCUGGCGAGUCAUCGUCGGCCCCACGCCUGUGCUCGGCUCCUUUCGUCAUCAAGAGGAAGACAGCCUCCCCGUCCUCCGCCGUCGCGGCAGCUGCCGGGGUAGUGACGCCGGCGGCGGGAGCGGGGGAAGCGCCGCCGCCGCCGCCGCCGGCCUCCUCCGAGGGGGCAGGGCUGAAGAAGAAACGCAAGGACAAGUCGUCGCGCCGGGAGGGAGGGGCGGCGUCCGUUGACAAGGAACGGCGGAAGAAGAGCAAGAAGGGGACCGGGGUGUCGGCGGCGGCGGCGGCGGCGCGUGCGGCGGUCGGGGCCGGAGCAGGAGUCGGGGCUGGGGAGGAGUUGAGGCGCGCGUCUCCGGUGGGGCAUACGCCUGCUGCCGCGCCUCCGAUGGUCGUCACCUUUGCGGCGGCCGGUAGCCUAGGGAUGGGGUUGGAAGCAGACACCACGGAGGAGGGCACCAUGCGCCUGGCCGGCAAGGCGCCGACGAGCGCGGCCGCUGCGGUUCCGAACGGCUGGCGACUAACGGCGGUGGGCGGCAAGAGCGUGCGGCGUCUGGGAGACGAGAAGAUCGCGGCCCUCCUCAUGAUCCGCCCCGUGGAGGUUACCUUCGAACAAGUUCCAAGGGCCGAGAUUGAGGCCAAAGCCACGCCCCCGCCCCCCGCCCCCGCCCCCGCGGCUCCCCGAAAGCGCGCCGCUCCGGCCAAAUCGAAGGCGGCGGCGGCGGCGGCGACGGCGGGGGCAAAGCCGAAGGCGGGGACCAAGGCAAAGGCGCCCGCUGGCCGGAGCAAGGGCAAGAAGGCAAGCAAGGUCACCACCGUUCGGAAGGCUUUCAAGAUUCAGGCACGAGCCCCACCCCAGCAGGAGGGGCGGGGAGGAGAGACCGGCGGCGGAGGUGGGGGACACGCCGUUCCCAUGGCCGUGCAGGCAAGCUCCACCUCGGCCGCGAUCUAG